AGCCUGAUGUCAUAACAAUAGCAAACGCAAAAACAAAAGGAAGUCUUCCUUGACCGUAACUGAUAAACUCCACUUCUGGUGCUCGGCUAUUAUUGCAUGAAGUUUGUUUCACGUUCGAGCGCAUCUUAAUAGCCGGUGACCCGAGUAAGAAUAUUCAUGACCCGUAUUCCAUGCAGAGUCCAAUUUUCGUUGGCAUUAAUAAAACACCACGGUAUUCCGCCAGGGUCACUGAAAUAGACUGACACAAAAUCCCGAUAUUCUUGUUUCUCAUUAAGCAUGCACCGUGCUGUCAUGUCACGAAAAGAUACAAGUAAAAUGCAGGAUCCGUUACAAUUACGAUUUUAAUGGUUAACCACGACUGAUCACUUUGUCCGUACGAAAGGAACCGGCAUUCAAUUUGAAUACAAAUCAAACUACAUACAUUCGGAAUGAACCUUGGUUAUUCGGGAACGAGAUUUUUGAUCGAUUGAAUAAUUGAUUUACGGCGAUUCGAUUAUUUCGUCGAAGAACGCCAGUGUUGACUGUUAUUCAAACUACCAUUGCGUAACUUUGCUGCGAGUAUAUAUUUUGAUAACGGCGUACACACGAUAACAACAAACGUUGAAAGUUACACGCGCUGUUUUCUGCAGAUUGUCGUCUCUCGUUUUUUUGGAAACUGUUUUUGAUCACUAGAAAUUGAAAACCUGUUCGAGAAUGGCUUCAACGUGGAGGUUCAUGGCCCUGGCGUAUCUGGGUAGGAAUGUACGCGAUCAAAAAUGUCGAUUCUUCUCUGUAAGCUGCUUUCGAUGCGGAGCCGUCGUCCCCUUCAGACUAACGGAUAUCGGAGAAGGAAUUCGAGACGUCACGAUAAAAGGAUGGUACGUGAAACCAGGCGACCGGGUGUCUCAAUUCGAUAACAUUUGCGAGGUCCAAAGCGACAAAGCAUCCGUGACGAUUACCAGCCGUUACGACGGAUUAGUUAAAGCCUUGCACUACAAGGUGGACGAUGUAGCUCUGAUAGGGGACGCGUUGCUGGACAUCGAACUAGACGGUGACAGUGAUGAAAGUACAGUAAUCGAGAACAAAGGGAACGUCCAAGUCGAGGGAGAAAAACAAAUUGGAAUAGAAAAAGCGCUGGCUACCCCGGCGGUCAGAAGGAUAGCCAUGGAGAACGAUAUUAAGUUAAAAGACGUCGUUCCCACGGGGAAAAAUGGGAGAGUGCUUAAGGAGGAUAUAUUGGCUCACUUGAAAAAAAUUUCUGUUGGUUCCGAGGAAAAAAGGGUCGAGGAAAAACCAACAGCCGAGAAGGUGCCGAUAAAAGGCUACAGCAAGCAUAUGUGGAAAACGAUGACGCAAUCUCUGAGCAUACCUCACUUCGUGUACAGCGACGAAUGCAAUGUUGAUAAAUUGACGGAUUACCGGAACGAAGUGAAAGACACUUUAAAACAGCAGGGUGUCUCCUUAAGCUUGAUGCCCUUCUUCAUUAAAGCAGCCUCGAAAGCGUUGGAAAAAGUGCCACAAUUGAACGCGUGGCUCGACCAGGAAAAUCAAAGCCUGCAAGUUUUAGACAGCCAUAAUAUUGGGAUCGCUAUGGACACACCGGAGGGUCUGGUAGUACCUAAUAUAAAAAACGUUCAAAACUUGAGUAUCGUGGAAAUUGCGAGGGAACUGAAUAGACUUCAAGAACUUGGCAGGAAGACGUCGAUACCAUUGAACGAUUUAUCGCAGACAACAUUCUCCUUAUCGAACAUCGGCGUUAUUGGCGGUACGUACACGAAGCCGGUAAUUCUGAGUCCUCAAAUCGUAAUCGGUGCACUUGGAAAAGUGCAAACGUUACCUCGAUUCGAUGAUAAACAGAAUGUAGUUGCUGCGAAGAUAAUAGCGAUCAGCUGGGCCGCCGAUCAUCGAGUUGUAGAUGGCGUCACUAUGGCGAAAUAUUCGAAUCUAUGGAAACACUACGUUGAAAAUCCUACGCUUCUGUUAAUAGGCGCGUAACUUCGCAGAAUUUUAAGAAAUGUACUUGAAAAAUACUUUAAUCGAAAAUAUUUUUUCAACGACGAUAAAAUAUACUUACAUAUCGCUGUAUUAUUUAAGUACAAUAAAGAUCUGAACAUUUUGUACGUAAAUAUUAAUUUAUUUAUUGCUGCACAACCAACUAGGACAUUUUAAGAAAGGUAAAAUAUCUUUUUUUCUAACAUAUUCAAAGUGUUACAACUGUAUGAUAGUUACUAUACGGUGAUCUGUCAAACUGUGAGCACUUUCAUACAAUAAAUCUAUUAUACAAUGUCAUACAAACCAUUCAAAUAGGAUAUACAAAAAAAUAUAAAGUGGUUGUACCGAUUUGAAGGUCUACAAUGGUUCUAUUUAUACAAAGCAAAAGUUCCAUUGUUGUAACGAUAGAUUAACAUUAAAAGAAAGGGAAGUUUAAUUUAACAGAUUCAUAAUUAAAUGAAAAUUUGUACAAGUACUACCACUUGUUCAUUUAUAUGCUUGUAAUUUGCAUAUAUACAAUUUAAUGUAUUAUAUUUUUUCAAUCACACGCUUCCAGUACAAUCUUUACACUCCUUUAAAUGCCACUUAAAUAUUUCUUCAAAAAGUAGUCAGUCUGUUUAGUAAUUAGAGUAGUAGAAAAGAGUGUAUAUGUGUUCUUAUGGUCCAAAAUCUUUCAUUUAAUAAUUAAAAUAUUCAUUUGAUUCCACGAAUGGUUCUAAUUCAAAUCUCCAACAAUACUUUUUAAACUUUAAAUAAAUGAAUACGCAUGCAAAAUUUGUACGCUUAUUAAGAAUAAACACGUAAAGAGUAUUGAUCGAAACAUAAAUGCAUAUAUAAAUAUAUCAUUCUUUUCUAUCAUAGCUCUUAUAGGUAAAACUGGUAUAAAAAAAACUACACAAAAUAUUACUAGAAAUACAGAUGUUAGGUGAUGGGUAUAAUCCACCUUUGAUCAUACUUCUUAUUUUCCAAUAUGACUAGGUAUGCAGAUUAUUGUUGGUAAUAUAGUUAGUUCAGAAGUUUAAAUACAAAGCUGCUUUUGUAUAGUAGAACUACGUAUACUCGCAAAAAUAACUAAAACACAUAUAACUUUUACUAAGAAUACUUUACAAUUGAGUAUAUAGUUGCCUAAAAUUACUUUCACAAAAUACAGAAGUAAAGUGAGGAUCAAAAAUAAUCUGUUCUUUUCUUUUCUUCUUUUUUUCUUUCUUUCGAAAAUAUAUCAACAUGUAAAUUCUACGUGAUAUAUUUGAAGGAAUCCUUCUGAAAAUAUAAAACUUUUUGUCGUAAUUCUCAAUCAUGGAAGUUCUAAGCUUCUCACAGUUUCAAAUAAUGUAUACUCAGAGAGUAGAAUAAAAUAAGACGUAUACAUUUUAAGUCAUGCUCAACCCACACACGUAUAUACGUAUAUCAUAUACAUACAUAUAUACCCCUGUUAUAUAGCUACCGUGUAACUGUAACGUUAUUUUCAUGGAAUUGUUAAUAAAAUUAUUAACGAACUCCAUAUUUAAAUUAACAUCAGAAAAUAUUUCGAUUCUAUGCAGAAAGACAUUUCAAAAAAUAUAAAAACAAUUAAUACACAGUACUUAAAUGCAUUUACACAAAUGCAUAAAACAUACUCCUUGAAGAUCCUUAGAAUAAGCAAAAGCUAAUUAAAACUGUAAAAUAUAUAAACAAAGAAUGCAUAGGUAAUGAGAAUGUGCACAGUAAUUGUUCUGUAUGCGAGGUAAAGCGAAGUGCGAUAUCGUUAUCUUGUUGUAAAAGUUCUGGGGUACAAAUAGCGUACUGGUUUUAACUCGUACCUUGACACGAACAGUUUUCGCUUGUGCCUAUACAUCAUUGUACAACCUUUCUAAACAUUUAUCUCACAGCUCUACUCCAUUUACAUGAAUAACUUUCAUUUUUCGAUAUACCUCCACUAACAUAGAAAAGUAGUGUUUUAUCUUACGUUUCGGCAUUAUCAUACCAUAUUAAUAACUGUCGUUAAAUAACAGUUUCUACAAGGUACAUACAUUUGUUCCUUUAGCACAGAACGGAUCAAAUAUAGUAAUUCACAACCACAACAAUAAAAAUUUAAUUUUAUAAAAAAAAACUUAAAAGCUGACUUCAUGAGUAAAAGAGAAGCGUUCAAUAAAAUUAAACAUAUCACGAAUCAAUGGCAA